CUUGGCAUAUAGUAAAUGGCGCAUUUUAACUUUUUUAUUCUUCUGCUCACUAUGAGCGUUUUGUUUUGGAGUGUGUUGCAUGGACAAGACGUCCAGCCAGAACCCGAUGAUCCUGAAGUGCAGCGCGUAAAACAUGCUGAAUUCUUUGCGGCAAGAAAAGCUUGUGCACUGGAGUUCUUGGUUCCAUACGUUCGAAUUUGUGUUGCGCUUUUUGCCGUGUUGAGUUUGAGUUGUGUUCAGGCACUGGAGGAUCAUGCCAAGGAUAAUGGUGACAUAUAUAUUAUCAACUACGAUAGCUUUGAUGGCGAUAUGGAUGACAUAUCUACCACUACAGAAGCGCCAAGAGAUCCCGAUUUUAUAGACUUUGAUGAGGUUAUACGCAUCUGCAAUGCAAGUUUUGUCACGCCUUUGUCUAAUACCAUACUGUUCAACACCACGGGCAAGCUGUUGGAUGAGAAUGACAGGACGAGCAUGUGCUAUUUCCGUUGCUUCUUUGAAAAGGCAGGAUUGAUGGACAACUUCAAGUUGAAUGUGGAACUGGUGCGUAAGUACUUGUGGCCCGCAACUGGAGAUUCCAUCGAGCAUUGCGAAUCGCAGGCCAUGGACGAGACCAAUGCGUGUGUGCGAGCUUACGCCAUCACUCAGUGCAUCAUGAUGCGAGCUCUUACGGAUGCCAGGAACAAACCCAUGGUCUAAAACUAAAACACACAAAACGACGCUAUAAAUUA